UGUAAAAUUUAUGUAAAACAACAACUUUCACUUGAAAAAAUGAAGUUCACUUGUUACCUGGACAUAAAAUGCUGUUCUGUUCAACAUAUGAAAUUCCUGGUCGUGAUACUUGAGAUACUUAUAAUUACCACGAUUCAAUUCUGCUGGGCUGGUCCACCCACAAUUUUCUUUUUUACUUUCUCCAUUCUCUCGCUCAUUAUCACGGUGAUUCUGCUCCUCGUGGACGCGUUUCAGUGGAGACGAUACGUUUCUGAUGUGGACACUUUUUGGAGACGAUACUUCUCUGAUGUUGAACCUGGAUUCUUUCUCUGUGGAGGGUUAGUUAAUAUCGUGUGUGGCAUCUUGAUGGGUACUCUGAAGGGCAGUCGGUGGGAGGAGGCACAAGAUCCUAAUGAUCCACCUAUGAUUAAGAACUCGCUAACUGCAUUUGUUGCGGGGAUUGGAACACUGAAUGGAAUAUUAUGCCUGAUCAUUGCUGCUAGAACGCAUCAGUGCUCAGGGACAGGAUCACGUAAUGACUGUGAAGACCUGACAAGCAACAACCGAAUUGGAGAUACGGGCGAAAUUUCGUCGCCACGAGUGGAUCCACCCCCACCGUACACUGAUGCAGUUCAAAUUCCACCCUAUUCGCAAUUCAUGUGAUGAAGGUUUCAUUUUGAGAUCUGCUACAUUCAAGAUAUGAGUAAUUUUGUAAUUUAACGUUUUAAUGUGAUAACACGCUUAAUAUGGAAAAUGUUUAUAAUUUGGUACUAAUUUCACAUCUAGAAAACCAUAACACGAUUUGGACUAAACUGUUCAAACCUAACAAUUUUUGUAGAGGUUUUUAAAGUUUUCAUUUCUGACCAACUACUACAUAAUUUUCCAAAAACAUCGAUUCACAAACUUUACGUCAACAAUACAAAUUGGUUUUUGCUAUUAUACAUAUGUAAAUACGCGAUACGAAAAAAUACACAUAAAACAAAUAUGCAUUGAA